ACCCAAGAAGAGAGCUCAGAGAACCCACCAUGGGGGACACUAAGCUCUUCCUUCUGCUGCUGCUCUGCACAUCCCUGACCUUUGCCCAAGAUGAAGAAGAACCAACCUGCAAGCUGGCCAAACGCUACAAGACCCUGCACAAGUACACGUACCAGUACGAAGCCGAAUCCCUGAACGCCAUCAGCGGAGCCUCUGCUCUCAAGAACGGACCCAAGGGAUCAUGCAAGGUUGAGGUCGAGGUGCCCCAGGCAUGUAGCUUCAUCGUGAGGACCAGCGAGUGCAGCCUGAGCGAGGUGGACUCUGUGGACGCCGACGGCAACGUGGUGUUCAGAGCAGCUGCCAGCUCCGAUGCCUUCGCCGCCGAGAUGGAGAAAUAUGCUCUGAAGGUCCAGAUGAACGAGAAGAACCAGAUCAAGCUUUACCCCGAGGAAGGCGAGACCACCACCAUCCUGAACAUCAAGAGAGGCAUCAUCUCCGCCCUGGCUGCCCCUGGCCUGGAGGACAACAAAUACACACCCACCAUCCACGGCCUGUGUAAGAACUCCUACAGCCUGUCCAGCCCCGCAGAGAUGACCCUGACCAGAGACCUGUCCGGAUGUGACCGCUUCGUGCCCCUCCGAGACCAGACCAGCCCCCUGGCCCUGCUCACUGGACUGCACUACCCUCUGGCUCAGCUGGUGCGCAGCUCUCAGACCUGCAACUACAAGUAUGAUGAAGAGCAGAACCACAUCGUGUCUGGAACCUGCACUGAGAAACACCUCCUGGUGCCCUUCUCCUCCCAGGGAGAAUACGGAGUAACCAAUGUUGGAAAGCAGGAAGUGACUUUGAUCGAGGUCGCCCCCCACAACGACAGAGUUUUUGACCUUGGCCCCAUCGUGAAGGACCUGAGCGUCGACAUGGUGGAGGAUCGUACCAUGACCCAGGACAGGGACGCCGGUCUGGAGCUGCUGAGGAAACUGGCUGCUCUGCCUGAGAGCGAGGGAGAGACCAGAGCCCACCUUUUCCACAAACUGGUGCUGAUGGUCAGAGGCAUGAAGCUGGACACCCUGAGCCCCGCUCUGCCCGAGGCCAUGGAGAUCUCCCCCAUGCUCACCUACCAGGUCCUGGCCCAGUGCGGCACCCCCGAGUGCAGCAGUGUCAUCAUGGAGCUCCUGAGGUCCCGCCCCACUAGCGGCCCCGAGGUUGAUGCUUUCGUCUAUGCCCUGGGACUGGUGUCCAACCCCUCCCCCGUCCUCAUCAACGACAUGCUGCAGAUGGCCCAGCAGAGACCCAGCAAACCAGUGCUGUACGCCCUGAGCAACGUGGUCAACAGAUUCUACAAGGCUGAACGUCAGCUGGUGCCUGAGAUCUUCUCUGUGGCUCGCUUCAUUGUUGGUCAGCUCGGAGACUGCUCUGGAGACAAAGACCAGACGUUCCUCACUCUCAGGGUGAUUGGAAACAUGGCCCCUGCUAUGGCUAACUCUGGCCCUGCAGUCAGAGGCGCUGUGCUGGAGUGUGUCAACAAACCCGAGGCUGCUCCUGAGAUUCAACUGGCUGCCAUUCAGGUCUUCAGACAGACCCCCGUGCCCGAGGAGGGCAGAGAGACUCUGAUGCAGGUGCUCCUGGACAGCUCUGCUCCCGUUCAGAAGAGAAUCGCCGCCUACCUGGUUCUCAUGAGGGACCCUCAGCCCAGUGAACUGGCCCAGCUCAUGUCCGCCCUGCCCACGGAGCAGGACGCUCAGAUCAAGAACUUCAUCAUCUCCCACAUCAAGAACAUUGGCACCUCCACUGAGCCCGCCACUCAGGAACUGAGACAGAAGAUCUUUGACGCCACCGGAGACAACCAGCUGGGACCUGUGGAGGACAGCCUGAAGGUCUCCAGGAACCUGAAGUUGGGAGUGCUCCAGAGCAACGUGAUCUUCGAAGGAGUCAGCUACCUGCCCAAGGAAGUUAUGCUGGAGAUGACCCUCAAGGCCUUUGGAUUCGACCUGGACAUGAUGGAGGUUGGUAUGCAGGGCAAAGGCUUCGAGCCCACCGUGGACGCCCUGUUUGGAGAGAAUGGCUUCUUCCCCGACACAGCCCUGAAGACCAUGUACUUUGUGUCAGAUAAUGUGCCCCAGAUGCUCCAGAACGUGCUGCCCGGCCUGAGGAGCGACCGCAAGAAGAGACAGGCCUCUCAGAACCUGGUGAAGGACCUCAGCCAGAACCUGAAGAAACUCGUGAACGACCUGAAGAGCUCUGAUGCCCCCGAGGCCACUAUUUACCUGCGUCUCCUCGGCAAUGAGCUGGGAUACCUGAAGACCAACGAGAUGGAGCAGAUGGCCUACUCCGCUGCCAUGUUUGUGGACUCCAUGCUCAAGAUGUUCCCUGUCGACGUUGUGAAGGCCCUGACCACCAUGACCGACACCUCUCUGUACGCUCACUACAUCUUCAUGGACAAUGAGUUCUUCCUGCCCACUCUGACUGGUGUGCCCCUGAGGAUCGCCCUGUCCGGAACCUUCGCACCUGGCAUCAAGGGAGGACUCAAGAUCUCCCCUGAGAUGAGCGAGGUAGCCUUCAUGCCCUCUGCUGGCAUCGAAUUUGUGACCCAGGUUGGCACCUUCAUCUCUGACUAUGUGGACUCUGGUCUGGAAAUGCACACCAACAUCUUCCAUGAGUCUGGACUGAGCGCCAAGGUGACCAUCGAGAAGGGACAGGUCCAGCUGAGACUGCCCGCCCCCCAGACCAAGACCAAGCUCGUCCACAUCACGAACAGCCUGGUGGCCCGCUCUGGAGCUGAGACCAUGGUGAUCCCUCCUGUCCCCAUGGACGUUGUCAGCGUAGAUGAAUGCACUCCCUUCUUCUCUGGAAUGAAAUACUGCUACGCUCUGCAGUACAAUGAUGCCUGGAACGUAGAGAGGACCCCCUACUUCCCCUUCACCGGAGACAGCAAGUUUGCUGUGGAGCUGAUGCCCACUGGUGAGGUGACUGAGUACACUGCCACUUUGGCCUAUGAGCUGCUGCGUGAGGGAGAGGAGGGCAAGCAGAAGGUCGACGCUCUGAACUUCAUCCUGAGAGCUGAAGGAGCUGAGCCCACAGAGGCCCGUGCCAUCCUGAAGUACAACCGCAGGAGGAACGUGGUGACAGCCGAGGUGCAGAUCCCAGACCUCGAUGUGGAGGCUGGACUUAGGGUGGGCAUCGUGGAUGGGAACACCAAGGGCAAAGGAACCCACUCCAUCUCCCUGGACCUCAUCAACAAGAACAUCCCACAGCUGUCUCUGGUCGGACGUGCCAAGCUGAGGGAGAUGACUGAAGGCAUGCUCCAGCUGCAGAUGCUGGUGCCAGCCCUGAACGCCGAUGCCACUGUCACCGCCAACCUCAAGCGCGACGAGGAGAUCCAGCUGGAGCUCAAGAGCAACAUCAAGGUCCUGGAGGCCAAAUCCGAGCAGAAGAUCACUCUCAAAUACGACGGCAGCAAAGUCGAGGCUGAGAUCAAGUCUGACAUGAAUGCUGAGACAGCCAACCUGCCUCUGGGAGAGAUCCUGGCCACGUACGGAGAGCAAGUCCUGGAAACUCAGGUUGGACAGACCGACAUGAAGGUCCGCCACAUCUUCACUAAACUUGUGGAGGCUUCCAACAACUACAUGGAGAAGUAUGGUGCUGAUCUCCCAUACAUCCAGAACUUCAGAGUGCCCGAUAUGCCCGAGAUGACCAUGCCCGAGAGACUCUUCCUCAAUGCUGAGACCAAGGCUGUGUACUACUUCAACAACGAGCGCUGGUCCGUGUUCAUCCCCAUGCCAUUGGGAGGAAAAUCCACCAUGGACUUCAACUUCCCCGAGGUCCUGAACACACCCCAGAUCUCUGUGCCUCAGAUCGGACUGGAAAUUGUGUCCAUGGAGAUCCCAGUGCCUGAGCUGUUUGUGCCCGAAGGCUUCACUCUCUACGUCCCUCUCUUCGGUAAAGCUGAGGUUUCCGCCAUCUUGAAAAGCAACCUCUAUGACAUGGAUGCUACAGUGGUAGCCGGCAAAGACAUUGUGGAGACACCAAGCUACUCUGCUACUGUCGCUGUGACUGGAACCUCUCCAAUUGAUGUCCUGUCAGUUAAAUUUGAAGGUUUGGGUAUGGUAGUCCCUGCUGAUGCCCUGAAGGCCCAAGUUAAGGGAUCUCUCGUGCACAAGUUCCUUGAGGCCAAUGUGAAUAUUGUUGAGGAGGCAAGUCUGGCUGACAAACUGACCUACAGCUCUAACAUCAAGGCUGAUGCCACUAGCCCCCUUGGAGUCAGUGUGAAAGUUGAGCACAAUGGUGUUGCUGGACUGAACACCGAGAAGCUCACCAUUGACAGCAACUUGGAUGGUUUGCUCAAGGCUGGCGCUGUCUAUGCGAAAGCAACCUCAUACCAGUCUGCCAGCGUUGCUCCAUUCACCCCAGAAGCUAAGAUCGAAUCCUCAGUAGAGAUCGAUUCCACUUUUGUCAAGGCCCAGAACACCUUCAAUGCAGAGCUUCUUGAUGGUGCCCUCUCAGUGCUGUCCAACACUAAUGCUUUCGAUGGUACCGUUGUGCAUAUUGCCUCAGUCGACUUCAAAGACCAGAAACUAACUGUGAAAUCUGAUGCUAACGCUGAAGUUAUGGGUCUGAAGAUGAAGAACCAAAUCGAGGCCGCUGCCGGUGCUGGUGAGGUUGUUAUGAGAAUGGAGACCAACUCUGACUAUGCUGAGAAUCGUGUAUACUCCCUGAUGACCGCCUCUUUGAACGCCGAAGGUCUUGCUGUCAACAAUGAUGCUACCCUUAAGCUCCUGAACAACGAGGCUAUCCACAAGGCCAACAUCAAACUGAGUCAGGAAGGUCUGGUUGUGAGCGGCACCAACACCCUCCAGAGCCCACUCUCUGUUGAGAACACCUUCAACGGUGUAGUCGACACUUCCAAGGCUACUCUUUCCAUCAUCAACAAGGCUGCUUUGUAUGACAUGAAGGUUGACAAUGCUAAUUCCCUGACCGUCACCCUUUCCAGCAUUGAAUUCACCUCAACGGCUGAAGCUCUGGCAAGUGAAGAUGUCACUUACACUCAUGACAUUGCCUUCAACAUGAAACCAUACACUAUUUCUGCAAAUGUUAACAACAACUUGAAACUCCUGUCAGCCAACGUCAUCAAUGAGGCCCAGCUUCAGGCAGAGCUGUACAAGAUUGACUUGACUGGAAGUGUGAAGGCCAUCUAUGGUGAGGAAGAAAUCAAACACAUCUAUCAGAUCAACUACGCUGAUAUGGCCGCCAAUGCCAAAUGCAGCACCACAGGCAAGGUGCUCGGUACCCACAUGAACCAGAACACUGAGCUCGAGGUGAUUGGUCUGGCUGCCCGCUUCUCCCAUGAUGCCCGCUUCAACUCCCAGCCCACGCGCUUUGACUACACCGUCCGCAGCAGCGUUGUUCCCUUUGACUUCAACCUCGAUGCCAUCUUUAACGCUGAUGGUGACCUGACCCUCUAUGGAAAGCACUCUGCUCAGCUCUACGGCAAGUUCCUUGUCAAAGCUCAGCCUCUUGCCUUUGCCAACACCCAGGAAUGGAGAGCUUCAAUGACUCAGGCCCUUGACAAUGGCAUGGCUCUUGAGACCACCUUCGACAACAAGUGGGACACUGCUCUGUCUUUGGAGGAACAGAAAACAAGCUUAAGAGUGAGGUCAAAGAUGAACAACCAUGCAUUCAACCAGGACUUGAGUCUGUACAACACAGCUGAGAGGAUGGGAGUUGAGAUGGCCGGUGCCUUGCUGACAAACCUCCUCAACCAGGAGAAUGCAGAAAACCAGGAGUUCAGCAUCUCUGGCUUUGUGAAGUAUGACAAAAGCACCAACAUGCAGGUCAUCCAGCUUCCUUUCAUUGAGUCACUCCCCAUUGUUGUGGAAAACCUGAAGGGUGCCAUCGUCUAUGUAGCAGAGGCUGUCCUGGACUUCAUCAACAACGAGGAGGUGCGCGCUAAACUGGAAGCCAUUCCUCAGCAUGUCAGCAACUUCAUUGUUCAGCUGAACCUUGAAGAGAAGAUUAAUGGGCUCAAGCAAUUCCUUAGCGACCUCACUCAGGAGUAUGCAAUCACCAUGGAAGAUGUUGAAGGCCUUUUGAGAAACCUGAACGAGACAGUGAAAAAUGUGCUUGCCGAUUUCAGUUCCUAUGUGAGUCAGUUUGUUGCCAAGAUGAAAGAGAUUAUGGAGAACAUGACCCUGCCUGACACCAUUGUGCAGACGAUUCAGGAGCAGCUCUUGGCCAUUGAUGAGGCAUAUGAAAUCAGACCUCUGAUUGUUUAUGUGAUCGAAACCGUGAGUGACAUGAUCCAGCAGUUCAACAUGGAAAAACUCAGAGGAAGUGUGCUUGAGAUCCUUAUCGACCUUGACAACCAAUUUGAUGUCACAAAAACAGUAGCCUGGGCCUUGGACACUUUGAAGAGAGUGGUUCAGGAAUUUGAUGUCCAGCAGAUCUACCAGCAGUUGAAAGACAUUGUUGUAUCCAUUGACAUCAGAUCUCACAUUGACGAACUUAUGAAUGUGAUUCCCACUGAGAUGUUCAGCGAUGCUUCCGAUUACAUCUGGAAAGUCAUUCAGGACCUUGAUGUUGUGGGCAAAUUCAACGCUGUCUAUGCUAAAGUAAGAGAGCUCCUUGUGCAAUUUGAAGUUGACCAGAAGGUGCAGGCUCUGCUGGAGAAAGCUGUUGAGGUCAUCAAACAAGUCAAACUUGAGGAAACCAUCUCUGCUGUUGUUCAAAUGGUCAAAGAUGCUGACAUCCCAACUAAAGUUGUGCAAACUGCCCAGAGCUACAUUGAAUACAUCAAAACAACUGAGAUGAAGGACAUCAUUGCAAACCUGAAUGCCUUGAUUGAGAGUCUGGUUCAGAAGCUGAACUCUAUGGAGUACAAUGAAUGGGUGAACAACCUCAACCAGCUUAUUGCUCAGUACACCACUUACAUCAAUGAUGCUAUCAAGACACUGGAACUCCCAGAGAAACUCCAGGUGCUGAGGGAUUAUGUCAACUAUGUUUUCACCACUGUUAAGGACAUCAGCGCACGCCUGAGAGAAGUCAAGGUUGCAGAAAUUGUAAAAUCUGUUCAAGGCAUUGCAGUUCAAGCUGUCGAUUACAGUAAGACCUUGGUUGACUAUGUGAAGCAGCAAAUUGAAGGCCUGGAAAUCAAAGAUUACGUCACAUCUGGACUGCAGAUUGUCAGUGAAAUCUACACAGAAGUCCUUAGAAUAGGUAACAGAGUGCUCGUCAGUGCUGUUGACUUCAUCAGCCAGUAUGCUCCAGACCAAAAGUUCUUGGAAGAUGUGAAACAGAUGGUCACUGGAAUAUUGGAUGGACUGAAACAGGUAGAGCUGAAUACUCCAUCAUUCACUGUGCCUUUGACUGAUCUUGAAGUGCCUACCAUGAAGUUCACACUGGCAUCCCUCCAGGAAUUUGAGAUCCCAGUCCAGAUUGACCUUCCUGAGUUCACAGUCUUGGGCAAGUACACUGUUCCUGCCACCACAAUUGCCUUUGCAGACAUCAAGGACAAGAUCUUCCAGCUGAUUGAAUACGUCAUGAACUUCAGCUUCCAGAUGGUGGAUGUGGAUGCUUUCUUUGGAGAACUGAGCUUGAACUUCCUCCCCCCCAUGCCAGAGAUCGCUUUCCCAGAAUUCACUCUGUCUGACAUCUCCUUCCCAGCCAUCCCAGAGGUGCCUGUGGAGAAGUUUGUCAAGUCGCUGCAACUGCCCGAGAUCAAACUGCCAACCAUCCCAAGCGAAUUUGCCAUCCCAAGCUUUGGCAAGCUCUACGGAGAGUUCAGAGUGCAGACCCCAAUGUACACCACCAAGACAACUGCUGAGCUGCAAAACUCCACUGAAAAUGAGCAGAGUCCUCAGUUGACCGCCUUCAUCACUUCUCAGGGUGUGUCCCCAGCUUUUGACAUCUUCAACUACAAGAUUGAUUCCACAGCUCGACUUGCAAUCCCCAAGAUGAGUCGUAUUGUCAUUGGUGAGACUGUGAAAUUCGAACAUGUUGCUCUAGGAGUUGAACAUCAGGGAUCUCUGAACCUCUAUGGCAAAUCUGCCCAAGCCCAGGCUAAGACCACAGUGAAGGUUGCAACCGCACCAUACACAGCUGACUUCAUGAACACCGCCUUUAUUGGACUUGAAGAUGGCAUGUCUGCUUCUCUUGAGACCACUUUCAAUCAGAUCGUUGAUAUGCCCGUCUUCAAUGUCAAACUUGAAGCCAAUGGAGCUCAAAAGGCAAUUGUGCGUCUUGAUGGCCUGAAGAUGACCGUCACAGUUGACAACACAGGUAAAACUGCCUACAAUGGUGAGGAGGGUAACCACAAGAGCAACCUCGACUUGACACUGACUCCUAGCCUGAUCACUCUGACCUUCAAUGGUGACACUGAUUCUGCAAUUCUCAAGAUGAAGCAGGUGGUGAACGCUGAAGCUGGUACCCUUAGCUAUCUUAAAUUCAACAUCCGCAACGAGGCUGAGACACCCUUCCUCAAGUCCAGUGAGCUUGUAGCAGUUGGACAGGCUAACCUCUUCGACAUGAAGGUUGAUAUUUCUGCCAACCACAACUCCGAGCUGGUCGGUCCAGUCCAAGGCAACAUUGCUAAUGAUUUCAAGUACGUAAUCAGCCCAAGAGAGUUUGUUUUUGAACUGAAGAACAAGGGUACCAACAAAGUCAACCUCCUCGGAUCUCUCACAGCUAAGUUGGAUGCUCAGAAUGAAAUUUCUGCCUACCUGAGCUCUGAGAUGCAAAAGAUCAACACAGUCAACAUGGUACGCUUCAACAAGAACAUGGUCUUCGUCAACAUCACCGUGGACAACAGUGAGAAAGACAUUGCAGUCAUUCUUGGCAUUGAUGGACAGGCCAACCUCGACUUCCUGACUUCUCCCAUCAGCAUUCCAGAGAUUGAGCUUCCAUUUGUUGACUUCCGCACACCAGAAGUGAGCAACCUGAAUCUGUAUGAGCAGACAAUCCUGAAGGACCUCUUGACCACCACUGAGCAGUCUGUGAGCCUUGAUGCCAAAGUUGCCUACCAGAAAAGCAUGGCUCCUCGACUUUUUGACAUUAUGGGUCUGAUUCAGGUUCCAGAUCUUGGCAACCUUGUCACAGAAUUGACCUUUAAAUCUGCCAUCAUUAACCUGAACCUCAAUGCUGCUCUGGAGACCGAGGAUGACAUUGUUUUCCGCCUGGGAGCUACCACCGCAUCUGUAUUUGACAGUCUGAAAGCUAAACUUGACGGCACCACCAGCCUGACCACCAGAGGAGGACUUAAGUUGGCUAACUCUCUGUCUCUGGAGAACCAGCACAUUGAAGGCACUCAUGACAGCACCGUUAGUGUUAGUACUGAGACCUACGAGGUUACUGUCUCUGUCGCCACACUUGGAAAAGUUGCCCUGCCUAUUCUCAACCUGGAAAUCAAUCAGAACUUGGUCGCAGACAACAAAGUCAAGCCCAAUGCUGCUUCCACCUUGAGGGUGAACGGUCAGCUCAACAUCCCCACAAUUAAUGCUGUGGUAAAGGCUGAGGCAGAACACAGCACCAAGACAGAGGUAACUUUUGAAUACCUGUCAGUGGAGACCUCCAACAGGGCCAACAUGGACGGAACCAUCCUGGAGGACUAUCUGGUUUUGGGAGUGCUGGACAAUGAGCUGAACUUCUACCUGAACAAGGACGGUCUUCGCUCCAAUGCCAAGGUUAUCGCUGACACCAAGCUGAACCAGGGCGCAAACAAGAUCUUUGCUGUUGAUGUAAAUGAGAAUCUGGCUGUUGAAGCUGCUCUUAGCCGUGUCUACAUUGUGCAGAAGUACACUGGAAACAAUGAAGCCAACCUGUUCAGCUUCAACACCAAGGGGCGCCAUGUUGCCGAGGCAACCAUCGACCUUGCCCCCAUCUCUUCCCUCUCUGCCGACGUUGAGAUUGACCUCUCUCAGCCCACCAACUUUGGUGAUCUUAGCAUCUAUGAGAAGGCAACAGUUGAGUGGACCGCUGACAACAACAAAGUUGCAUCCACCAGCAAGUUUGUGAGCCCUGUCUACACAACCAACUUGGUGAUCGAAGCUGAGAGAGCAUACCCUGUCCUGAAGGUUAUUGCCAAGGCCUCUGCUACCUCUCCCCUGAGCCUCCUGGAGUAUGACAUGGAUGCUUCUUCUACCACAAACUAUGAGGAUGCCCUGAACAUGAACAACAAGGUUGUGCUGACCCAUGCUGCCAUGAAUGUGGAUGUAACCCAUGUUAUUACUCAGGCUUUUAGGAGAAAACGCCAGGCUGACGACAGCUCUCGCCACACUUUGAACAUGGACAUCAAUAGCCCAACCUUCACUGACAUGAACUUCCGCUACGCUGCUGGCAGGAACGGCAUCAGCGCCUCUCUGUCCUCUCCAUCGGCUGGAUUCCUGGGUCUGCAGGUCAAUGGCAAAAUCCCAACUCAAAUGACCGGAAGACUCUACGGACGCUACCCAUCCUCCCCAGAUGCUGAUGUUGACAUCAUGGUGCUGCGUUCUGCUCCCAAAGACAGUGAUAGGAUGACUCUGCAGGUGGCCUACAACAUGGAAGCCCCCAAAGCCAUGCUGACUGAGUUCAAGGCGAAGAUCCCUGCUGUCCUGUCCUCUCUGAAAGACUUCAUCAACAACAACCUGCUGACAAGCAACGUGCUGGAGUGGAGAGACACCAUUGUGGCCAGAAUCAACGAGGCCUAUGACGCUGCCAUCAACUACGACGCCCAGCUCAGCCAGCUCUCCAUCUUUUUCCGCAACUUCAUUGUUGAGUUCCAGAAAAAUGUCCAAGUUUUCCUGGAUGCUGCCAUCAAAGUGCUCAGGGAGACCCAGUUCCGUCUUCCCGGCUCUGAGGAGAUGACCACCCUGCCUGUUGUCCUGAAGGAUCUGACCACCAGUGUUGCUGAUGUUCUUCGCACCACCAUCCAAGUGGUCUAUGACACCAUGGAGUACUACUACAAUGCUUUUGUGGACACCUUUAGCACAGUGGAGCUGCGCAUGCCUAUCGGAGAUGUGAUGACCAUUGGUCAGAUAAUCGACAACGUCAGAACAACCGGCAAAGGCAUCUUUGAACAAGUGGUGGACUUUGUGAACAACAUGGAGAGCCUGGACACUAUGCUCGUCAAGAUCAGCGAGACCCUGAAAGCAGUUGUAGACAAAACCCAAGAGUUUGUCGACUCCAUCAAGUCUGACUACCUGGAUGCCCUUUUCGCCAAUGUGAACGAGGUGUACAGAUGGCUGGUGACCGCUGUGAAGGACAUUGCAGACCGAGUGUCCGCCCUGGACAUGGAACAGCUGAAUGGUGUCUUGGAGUACAUUGUAGAUAUGUUUAUUUACGUGGUCGACCAGUACAAUGUGACCGUGAACAGCGCUGUGCAGCAGGUGUCCGAGGAGGCUCAAAAAUAUGUGAAAGCCAGCGAUGGCCGCCUGGAGAUUGAGCUGCCCUUCCCCUUCCUUCAGUGAGGAGCCCAAACAAACACUACCACCACCUCCCCCAAAGAACGAGGAAUGACGAACUCACUUUGCUCUUUAUUUAUACAAAUGUGAACGCUACAUCUUUAUUAUGUGAGGCAUUGCAAAUAUAUACCGUUUUACUACCACUGUGCAAUGUGUGA